AUGGGGAUUCUCUGGGAUUCGUUACUCUUAUUGCUUGUGGUGGUGAUUGUUCUGUUCUUGGUUAGAGUUUUAUUAUUCAAAACUGGAUUGAUUUACAUGGUGAAGAAAUGGAGGAGAACGAUUUUCGAUUGUUUUCAUGUUUACCAAUUCUACAAGGUUCCAGAAUUCAACGAGAACGUGCAAGAGAAUCAGCUUUACCGGAAAGUUUACACGUAUCUGAAUUCGUUAAGCUCGAUCGAGAAUUCCGAUUUCACGAAUCUCUUCACAGGUAAAAAAACUAACGAGAUCGUACUCCGAUUAGAUCGGAAUCAAGUCGUCGGAGACGAGUUUCUCGGUGCUAGAGUUUGUUGGAUCAACGAAGAAGACGAAGAAGAUGGAUCUAAGAAUUUCGUUUUGAAGAUUCGUAAAGCUGAUAAACGAAGAAUCCUCAGUUCGUAUCUGCAACAUAUACAUACAGUUUCCGAUGAGCUUGAACAGAGAAAUACAGAGCUUAAGCUGUUCAUCAACAUCGGAAUCGGUGAUGAUGAUUCCAGGAAGAAGAAGAAGGGAAGGUGGAGAUCGAUUUCGUUUAAUCAUCCAUGUACAUUCGAGAACAUCGCCAUGGAAACAGAUCUGAAGAACAAGGUAAAAUCCGAUCUCGAAUCGUUUCUUAAAGGGAAACAAUAUUACAAUCGUCUUGGUCGAGUUUGGAAAAGGAGUUAUCUCUUAUACGGACCUUCCGGUACCGGAAAAUCAAGCUUCGUUGCAGCAAUGGCGAAUUUCUUGGAUUACGAUGUUUACGAUAUAGAUCUAUCAAAAGUAGAAGAUGAUUCAGAUCUGAAGAUGCUUCUAUUACAAACCAGAUCCAAAUCAGUGAUCGUAAUCGAAGAUCUCGAUCGAUUUCUCUCGACGAAAUCAUCAACAGUGACGACUUCUGGGAUUUUGAAUUUCACUGAUAGUAUUCUCAGCUCUUGCGCCGCCGAUGAACGGAUCAUGGUGUUCACGAUGACUGGAAAAGAACAAAUCGACCCGGCUAUACUCCGACCGGGUCGGGUCGACGUUCAUAUCCAUUUUCCGUUAUGUGAUUUCACGGCGUUUAAAACGCUCGCGAACAACUACUUAGGUGUGAAAGAGCACAAGCUUUUCCCACAAGUUGAAGUAAUAUUCCAAAACGGAGCUUCUUUGAGUCCGGCGGAGAUCGGAGAAUUGAUGAUCGCGAAUCGUAACUCGCCGACUCGUGCGUUGAAAUACGUCAUCAAUGCGCUACAGACAGACGGAGAUCGGAGAGGAACUGGACGGAGGUUGCUUCUAGAGAACGGUUCGAGAAGAUCGAUAUCGGAAGAAGUCGCCGGUGAUAUGAGUGGUCCACUUUGCGGCGGCGGAGGAAGUUCGCCGGCGGUGAAAGAGAUUAGGAAGCUGUAUGGGUUAUUGAGAAUCAAAAGUAGUAGAAAAUCUGAGUCGUACGAUGUGGCUCGAGAUUAA